UAUAUAAAAUAUCCCAGAAAUCAAGAGAGCGAGAGAGAAAGCCUGUUUCCACCUGGUAUUAAGAUGCUUUUCCGGUGAACCGAUCACAAGUGGUCAGACAGGAUGCAUUACCAUUACACUUGGUAUUAUCACACGUUUCAAAUAUGUGUUCUGUGACCACUUUGGAUUUUGUAAAGACUCUCGCCUCUUUUUUUGUCGCACUUAACUACAUCACUUUCACUUUCGGCGCACGAAUGCAUGAACCUGUGUUAGGUGGCUUACGCGAAUAGAUAUAAUAGUAGCUUAUAAUAUCAUUUUUUUAUAUUAUUUGGGGGUGGGUUGUGCCAUCUCCCGGAAAAUUGAAUUUUUGAAGGGUGGGAUGUCUGAAUUGCUAUUGUGCUUCUGCUAGAGUGUGUUGAUGCUGCUAGCAACUGUUGAUUUGCCUGUUGUGUACAGUGUGAAUUUUGGUUGACAAGUUGAUCGAUUGCUGUCAAUCUCAUUUCUCUUUGUAUAUUUUGUAAACAAUUGUAAAUAUCUUUUUAGUGAGAUUAUGGGAUGGGCUUUAUUGGUAGGUUAAGCUUUAUGUUGUAUGUUUUUAUUUUUUCAUUGUUAUUUUGCCAGUGUUGCAAUCACAAAUUCAUAUUAAGAAGAUUUUAUAUUGGUAGAUAUAUUUCCACUGUGGUGUGAGAUGAUAAUGAUACUUCACAAAUAACGCUUUUUUUUUUUUUUUUUUUUUGUAAAUACAGAAAACAAGUAUCUCUAAAUCAAUAUUUAUAGUGAUAUAUUUGGUCUUAAAUUAAGUGUCAGUUGAUGUUUUUCCUAAUUUCUCUACUUAACUUCUCCAAUAAAACUACACAGUCUUUGUUGGGAAAGUAAAAAGAUUCAUUGCCUUUCUACCACUGUGUGUAUCACACAUAAAACUUUGCACUUUGAACUUAAUUUAUUGUUACCCCACCCUCAAUUUUAUGAUGUUCAGCAGGUGCAGUUGUACUUUAGAAUAAUGAAUUCUACUGCAAAGAUCUUUUUUUUCUCUCCAUAAAGAAGAAUUGCAUUCCUGGAAAAUAACUAUCAAACAAAAGAACGUGACGUUGAUGUUGUCCACUUGAAUUCUAAAGAAUGUGUUUUCCUUCUGUCAGCUGAAAUCAACAAUGACAUCAGCCAAUCCUCCCGAACGGCGCAGCAGCAAGAAUGAACCUCCUUUAAUGGCAUCACAUCAUGAUGCCAUCUUAAUGAAUCCAGGUCCUCCAGCGCUUUACCGUCUGAACACUGAAAGAAAAUAUAUUAAUGGAAAUGAUAGAAAGUUGAGACAGUGGACAUAUGGACGAAGAGACGGAAAGAAGCAGAACAAAGUCAUACUGAUGGUGGGAGAAACUGGUGCUGGAGAAACCACCAUCAUCAACACCAUGAUCAACUACUUACUGGGAGUGAAGUUUGAGGAUCAAGAGUUUUAUCAAAUCACAGAAGAAACUGAAGAAGAAAAAGAACAACAAGAACAAGAACAUGAAGGUCAAUCACAAUCCCAGACAUCUGAGAUCACUAUUUAUGAGGUGGUUGUUGAAGAGAAACCAACAUCUCUGACCAUCAUUGACACUCCUGGAUAUGCAAACACUGAAGGAUACGAGAAAGACAGAGAGAUUUCUGAUUAUCUGUGCAGAUUAUUUUCAAAUGAGGAUGGGAUUCAUUAUAUUGAUGCAGUGUGUUUUGUGAUGAAGGCGGCUCAGAAUCGUUUCUCUGCAAAAGAGCAUUAUAUAUUUCACUCAGUUCUGUCUCUGUUUGGUAGAGAUAUAGAAAACAACAUAGUGUUUCUACUCACACAUUCAGAUGGAGGUCGUCCAACAGAUGCUCUCAAUGCAAUUAACACCGUAGAAAUACCCUUCAGAAGAGAUAAAGACAAUGAACCCGUCCACUUCUUAUUCAACAACAGACAGAAAGAGGAAAGAGAUGAACAGUAUGAGCACCUCGACAGAUCAUCAUGGGAAAUGGGAGAGAGAAGCAUGAAUGAGUUCUUCACACUCCUGGAAGAAAUGAACAGAAAAAGUAUUCAGAUGACAUUAGAUGUUCUGAAUGAGCAAAGGCGACUUGGGGCCUGUGUCUCUAAUCUCAAGCAGCGAAUCUCUGAGAAGGAGUUAAAAAAUGAACACCUGAAUAAGAUUCAGGAAGCCAUCAGACAGAACAAAGAUAAAAUUGAGAAAUGUGAAAACUCAGAGUUCACAGUCAAGAGAAGGUUCAAAGAAAAAGUCCUCAUUGAAAAUACAUCACGUUGGAGCACAGACGCAACCUGCUGCUCUGUCUGUGAGGAAAACUGUCAUGAAUGGGGCUGCUGGUUGGAGAAAGAUGCUUCAUGUUGUUCAGUCAUGGAAAACAAACACUGCACUAUGUGUACAGGAAAGUGUCAUUACAGCAAGCAUGUCAAAGAGAACAAAAAAUAUGUGAUAAAGACAAAGGAAGUUAAAAUGACAUUUCAUGAUCUCAAACAGGAGUAUGAACGCACUGGUGAAAAGACUGAAACCACCUUUGACAAAGAGAAAUAUGAAAAUACUAAAAAGAAACAUGAAAGCAACAUGCAAGAGUAUGAGAAUAAAACAAAAAUAGAAAAAAAAUUGAUCAGUGAACUGGAGAAGAUUGAGAAUGAAAAGUCCAAACUGCUUGCUGAAGCUUAUAUCAGCAUCAUGAUUCUGUCCAAGAUCGCAUUAAAAGCAGACAGCGCUUUCACUCUUCAACAUCUGGAUUUUUUGAUUCCCAGACUAAAAGAGGAGGGAAAAGAUGAAUGGAUUAAGAACCUGGAUGAUCUGAGGAAAGCUGGAGAAGAGCAGAGAAACAAGGGUGCUUUUUGUCAUGUGAUGGAUUUUGGCAGACAAAAAUGGAAACAAAUCGUCAGUCGUGGUAAAAAUGAAUAAAUGCAUAAAACUGGAACAUUCAAGAUGGAACAGAUUCUGCUCCAUCAUUGAAAAAAAUUCACUCAGAACAAGGGUCUCUGUUAUAAAAUUACUGAACACAUGAAAUCUCUUAUUUUAUCUUUCAAUAUGUGUAAAAAUAAAAAAGAAUAUAAUGCAACAAAGUCACAAUACCACAAUGCAAGGCCACAAUGCAAUAAGUAUAGCCCUAGAGCUGUCAAAAGUCUGCAUUUUGAUGCAUCAUGAUGAGAUUUGUAGGUCUAUUAGUAAAAUCUGUUGACUUUAGUAAUCUUUGUUGCAUUAUUUGCCAUAAUAUGCCAAUGGUGACAGUUUUGCAUACCUGUAACUCAAAAAGUAAUAAAGAUAUCAUAAUAUCCAUUUAGAUUUUGGUUCUUAAACUUUUCUCUUGGUAUGCUCAUUUUGAAGGCCCUAUAUGGUUAAAUUCCACAGAUCUCAAUGCGGCUCCAAGAAUAAAAUGAAAGGUAAAAAAUGGAACGUAACAUUUCAUUUGGGAAACUGAUUGCUUCAAACCAUUCGAGUUUAAUAUACUAGUAUUUAUAUGGUGUUAGUACUUUGAACUUAUUUAAUUUGAGUCCACUGAAAAGGAAUAAUUCUUAAUAUAAAACUGCAAACACUUAAUGUGUAAUAGUGAAAUAAAACAUUACUUUAACUGAAAUCUUUGCAGUUCAUCGUUAGCUAGCAAUAGCACACAUGUUUGUGCUAAAGUACUUAGAAAAGAGAUCAUCACUGUAUCAGCAACUACACAGGUACUGCCUUUAAAUAAAGCAACAUGCAGCAUAACAUCAGUGUUCUCUUCCGAUAUGGUUCACUCAUACUGUGUUGCUAAAUGCAUUGGGAAAACUCCCUUUUCUCCGAUUACUGAAGUCUUAUAGAAUCACGCAGUGAAACUGCAUGGGCCAAUGGUUGUGCCACGGAGAUGUAGCUGGUGUGAAAGCCCACCAGAGCCUGCUGAAAUGGGCGGGGCUAUCCAUCUAUAUAAGUGGGCAUUCUGCUGUAGGAUCUCAAAUUAAUUCUCCUUCAGCGAUGAACAUCUUCUCUUUGCUGGACUCCGAGACAGAAGAAGAAGACUGCCGAAUGGUUCCUGCCGGGGUGCCAGCAGGCCCCUAAUCAGAGUGCAGCACCGUUCUUCCCUGAGGUUCAUAACGAAAUCAUCAAGUCGAGGCAGCAUUCGCACAUCAACCUCCACCACCCUCACCACGAUUGACGGCGCUGAGGAAAAGGGUUGUGAGAAACUGCCUCUGGACGAAGCCGUGGCCUCUGCCUGCCCACAGCGAUUGGAGGAAAGGCUAAAGUCACUCACCUGUCUAAGCCCUGCAGAACCACUUCAGUUCUUACUGGUCGGGCCUAGACAUUGGCUGGCCAGGCGGGCUCCGUCCUUCACACUAUAGUGGUCCUACAGGUCUUUCAGGCCAAGCUCCUCCGUUCCAUUGACGAGUCCAGCCCCGACCUUGCAGUGUUUAGAGAGCUGCACAGUGCGACUGACUUGGCCCUGUGUGCCACUAAAACCACAGCCCAAGCUAUUGGCAGAGCUAAGGUCAGUUUAGUGGUGUUGGAACAGCACUUAUGGCUUAACCUGAUGGAGAUUAAGGAUGCAGUCAAGGCUGCUUUCCUCGACUCCCCAAUCUCUCCACUGGCCUCUUUGGUGAAUGGUUUUGCCGAGUGCUUCACCACUGCACAGACAUUGCGCCACUUCCUGCCCAAGCACUCAGUUCUGCAGCUGCUUUAAUUCACCAUAAGACCAGAGCCUGAGCUCUGAAGGGGGAACCAGAGCGCCAAGAUCCCAGGCCUAAGAUAAUGCUAGAUCCUGCUCCACAAAAGCCGUCCUGAUCCUUAAGGAAGGAAGAGGAGGGGGCUAAGUCUUGCUGCGGCCGGACCACCCCCCAAACAGCCUCAAGUUUGCUUUUCAACUCUCCGUUCAAUUCCAAUGUGUUUGUUUACAAGCAUUGGGCCCGUUCAUGUUCACACUCCCACACAACUGACUGCUGUUAUAGUGAAGAAAAUAACAUAUUCAAAAAGAGAGCAAUUUUCUUCUUCAACUUACCACAAGCGUCAGUCCCCGGUCACAACACAGCGGCCUGUUGCUUGAACCAAUUCAACCCUUAGCCAUCCAGGCCGAGGCUUGGGAAGCCAUCCCCGAAGUGUUGAGUUGGGUUUUGAACAUAAUCAAAUGAGGUUACUUGCUGCAGUUCUCUCGCAGGCCUCCCCUCUUCAGGGGUGUGGUCUCCAGAGAUCUUCUUCUGGCUCGUAUUGGCCCAGUCAGAGGCUGAACUAGACGCUCACAGAUCCUUACUCCUCAGCAUUUGAAAUGCCUGGUACUCAGGAUCAACGUUGCCAAGAGCUCACUGUCUUCUCCUCCGUAUCAGGUUGGACCAUGGCUGCGUCAUGGCCCUGGCCCUUUAGAAGGACCCUCAUCGGUUCAAAUCUGUUGUGAACCUGGGAAUGGUCUUUAGAAAGAAGGUGGUCUCGAAAGAUGCCUCCAUCAUGGGUUGGUGGGCUCUGUGCAAGGGCAGGCCGAUUUCCAGCCAAGGAAAAGCGGUCAAACAGGGAAAAGCAGCUUCACAUCAACUGCCUGGAAACGCUGGCAGUCUUUCUGGCCCGCAGAAUCUUUCUGACAGACCUGAAAGGGCACCACUUCUUAGUCCAAUCGGACAACAUGGCAGUGGUGUCCUACAUAAACCACCAAGGUGGACUCAAGUCGAGGCCUCCAUACAAGCUAGUCAGAUGCCUGGAGUAUAUUCAGGAAGGCAGAGGUCGCUCUUAUAGCCUCAGAAGACAGGGACGCGCUGGCCCACAAAUGGCCCAACCGUCCUCGAUAUGCCUUUCCCCUGGUCGCCCUGGUUUCCCUCUGCCCUGUCCGAGCCCUAAGAGUAUAUGAGCACUCUACCCAGUUCAGGCAGUCAGAGCAACUCUUCGUGUGCUUCGGAGGCCACACCAAAGGGUAUCCGGUCAGGAAGCAAAGACUAUCCCACUGGAUAGUAGAUGCAAUUGUGCUAGCCUAUGCUUCAAUGGGCCUGCAGUGCCCCAUUGGAGUAAAGGCACACUCCACCAGAGGCAUGGCCUCAUACUGGGCAUGGUCCAGCGGAGUGUCCAUUGGCAUCAUCUGCGCACCGGCCGACCAGUCCUCGUCGUCCACCUUUGCCAGAUUUUAUAACUUGGACGUCCCUGCUCUACAAUAACGGUAUUUAUUAAUAACAGUAUUUACUGUUUAA